AGGUCCCAAGAGCUUGAGGAAAAGGAAAAGCCUCUGGCUGUUUCUCCCCCACCCCAUGCUUGCCCAACAGCCUAAACCUUGGCCCAGGAAUGAAGUCAUGUGGAGCCCAGAAUAGCUCCUGCUGGAUGCGUGGCCAGGUCAGGCUCAGAGCUCGGGACACAGGGACCCUCUGUCUCCAUCUGUCUGUGUUUCCCUCCUUCUCUCUCUCUCUCUCUCUCUCUCUGCCUUUGGCCUCUACCUCUCCUCUUCCCCACAUGCUCAUGAGCUGGUCCCCAGAAGAGUGCAAGGGGCAGGGAGAGCCCCCCGGAGACAGACACAGCCUCUGUGCCAGGCUGGUGGAGAAGCCCAGCGAAGGGUUUGAGGAGCACCCCGAGUCCGGCCCGAGACCCAUCGUCACCCACACAGCCUCAGGACCUGCCCUCGCCUUCUGGCAGGCAGUGCUGGCUGGGGACGUGGGCUCUGUCUCCCACAUUCUUGCGGACUCCAGUACUGGCCUGGCUCCUGAUUCUGUCUUUGAUACCAGCAACCCAGAGCGAUGGAGGGAUUUCUGCUUCAACAUCCGCGCUCUGAGACUCUGGUCUCUGACGUAUGAAGAAGAGCUGACUACCCCACUGCAUGUGGCAGCCAGCCGUGGCCACACAGAAGUUCUGCGACUGCUGCUGAGGCGACGGGCAAGACCGGACAGUGCCCCUGGGGGUCGCACGGCCCUGCACGAGGCCGUUGCUGCAGGCCAUGCUGCUUGCGUCCAUGUGCUGCUGGUGGCAGGAGCUGACCCCAACAUCCCUGACCAGGAUGGGAAACGCCCCUUGCAUCUCUGCAGGGGGCCUGGCGCCCUUGAGUGUGCAGAGCUGCUCCUGAGAUUUGGGGCAAGAGUGGACGGUCGGUCAGAGGAGGAAGAGGAGACCCCUUUGCAUGUGGCCGCCCAGCUUGGUCAUGUGGAGUUGGCAGACCUACUUCUAAGACGCGGGGCAUGUCCUGAUGCCCGUGAUGCCAAAGGCUGGACCCCACUGCUGGCUGCCUGUGAUGUCUGUUAUCAGUCCUCCACCGAUGCUGAGGCUACCACCUCCCGUUGCCUCCAGCUGUGCCACUUGCUGCUCUCGGCUGGAGCAGACGCUGAUGCUGCCGACCAGGACAAGCAGCGGCCCCUGCACUUGGCCUGUCGCCGUGGCCAUGCAGCUGUUGUGGAGCUGCUCCUAUCCUGCGGUGUCAGCACCAAUGCCAUGGACUAUGGAGGACACACGGCUCUGCAUUGUGCUCUGCAGGGUCCACCUACAGCCCUGGCCCAGAACCCUGAGCAUGUGGUGCGGGCUCUGCUCAACCACGGUGCGGUCCGUGUCUGGCCAGGGGCCCUCCCCAAGGUGCUGGAGCGCUGGUGCACAUCUCCUCGGACCAUCGAGGUCCUGAUGAACACCUACAGCUUCAUGCAGCUUCCUGAGGAGGCCAUGGGCCUGGUACCUCCUGAAACUCUGCAGAAGCAUCAGCGUUUCUACUCCUCCCUCUUCGCCUUGGUGAGGCAACCCAGGUCGCUGCAGCAUCUAAGCCGCUGUGCACUCCGCUCUCACCUGGCAGCCUGCCUGCCCCACGCCCUGCCGCGCCUUCCCCUGCCACCCCCCCUGCUCCGCUACCUGCAGCUAGAUUUUGAGGACGUGCUCUACUAGAUGUCCACUGCCUUUUGAGAGAGGCUGAAAGCUGAUGCCCCAGCCCGUGGGGGGGCGCUUAUCUGUACAGACUCAGGCUGGGUAGCCCCACAGCAAGAGAUCUAUCUCCGCAGGCAGAUGUCUAUGCUGUGAUUCUGGCCAGAGAGAGGUGGACACACCUCGGCAGUCAGAUGAUGUUUGAUGAAGACAGACUCCUCUUGGGGCUCUCCUGAGGCUCCCUUCUAGCCUGUGUAAACCCUGUACUUGCAUUAAAAAUCCCCAGGCCUGUG